AUGGAGUGGUGUAACCAAAUUACAUCAAUCAAGUAUCUGUUCAAAUAUAUUCACAAGGGGUUUGAUAGAAUUGGAGCAACAAUUUCAACUACUGGCAACGGCACAGGAAACGACAAAGAGCCUGUUGAUGAGAUCAAACAGUAUCUGGAUUGUAGAUAUGUGUCCCCGAGUGAGGCGUGUUGGAGAAUUUAUUCUUACAACAUUCAUGGCAGGAAGCCGGCAGUCGAACGUAUGUAUUAUCAUUUAGUAGGUGAACAGGCUGUUUACUAUGCAGAUCAUGCAAGAAUGGAAAACGUGUUGGAAAAAGCAACUGUAACGGAGUCUAUGUUCACUGCUUGGUUUGUUGCUAACGGGAAAUAUGAGGACGCGCGGUCACUUGCAUAUGGUCAAUUUGUGUCUAGAUUUGUUUAUGAGAAAAAAAGCAGAACAUGGAAACCGCGGAAAAAGGGGUUCACCAUUGGCCGUUUGAUAUGGGUUCCACCAACCACUGGAGAGUUGUUUUACUUGCGACUGAUGUUGACAGUGGUUAAGGGACCACUAACUUACGAAGAAAUUCGCAAAGUUGAUGACACACAAUUUGAUACUUUUAGGGAUGCAUGCUUUGCAAUGGGAUUCCUAGAAGAUGAUCGAGAAUACAUUGGGGCAAUACGGGAGGCGAGUGAAUGGGGUUCUGGCCAUUUCCUCCGCAAACUUUUUGUAGUUAUGCUUUUGUCCUCCGCUGUAAAUAGGCCUGCUCAUGUCUGGAACGAGACAUGGGGUCUACUAUCUGAUGGUCUGCUGCAUCAGCAGAGACAGUUGGCACACAAUAAAGAUUUGGAGCUCACUGAGGAUCAGUUGAAGAAUUUGACGUUAACAGAAAUCGAAAAACUAAUGCAAGCAAAUCGAAGAAGCCUCAGCGACUUUAAACCAAUUCCAUAUCCUGAUGGAUACGUUCUACAACAAUUAGGCAACAGGCUGGUUUAUGAUGAACGGAGUUAUGAUGUGCCUACAAUGAGAUCCCAAUUCACGUCGCUUUUCAACGCUCUGACAGAUGAGCAAAGGUCAAUAUUUGAUAAAAUUAUGGCGUCAGUUGAUGCUCAAAAGGGUGGUGUCUUUUUCCUACAUGGUUAUGGUGGAACCGGUAAAACUUACAUGUGGCGAACACUUGCAAGUGCAUUGAGGUCCAAACAUGAUAUAUGUCUAACCGUUGCAACAAGUGGAAUAGCUUCUUUAUUGUUGCCCGGUGGUAGAACUGCACAUUCCAAAUUCAAAAUACCUGUGCCAACAAUGGACAACUCAACAUGCAAGAUUGAAUAUAACGAUGACGUUGCAGACCUUCUACGGCAGACAAAGCUUAUUAUAUGGGAUGAAGCACCGAUGGCACACAAACAUGCUUUUGAAGCACUCGAUAGAACUUUGAAGGACGUGAUGUCUACAUACGGUAAUUCAAAGGAUAUCUUUGGCGGAAAGGUCGUUGUUUUUGGUGGUGAUUUUAGACAGAUUUUGCCCGUUGUACCCAGAGGGAGUCGUUCGGAUAUUAUGAAGCUGAAAAAAAAAGAAAUUGCAGAGUUCUCAAAGUGGCUGUUGCAGAUUGGUGAAGGCAAACUUUCUGAGCCAAAUGAUGGAUUUGCUGACAUUCAACUACCACCAGAACUAUUGAUCACGGAUUACACAGACCCAAUUGUUGCCAUCGUUAAUAGUACUUAUCCUGAUUUUAUCGAAAAUUACCAAUCUAACGACUACCUCAAAAGUAAGUCACUAACAAUCUGCUUCCAAUCAUCUUUAGGGGAAACCAAGGAUUACUACAGCUCAAAUUCCGUCGAUAGGUCCGAAAUUCAUGACACCAAUGUAGUCGAUAUACUCACACCGGAGUUUCUCAGUUCCUUGACUACUUCAGGGUUGCCUAACCAUCUCAUUAGGUUGAAGGUAGGAACACCUGUUAUGCUUAUGCGUAACAUAGAUCAGUCGGAGGGUUUGUGUAACGGCACUAGGGUAAUGAUAACUAAGAUGGCAAACCAUGUCAUCGAGGCGAAAAUAAUGGCGGGAAAGUGUUGUGGAAACUUGGUCUACAUCCCUCGAAUGGAUAUGUCUCCCUCACAAUCCCCUUGGCCCUUCAAACUCAAACGGCGUCAAUUUCCAAUAAUUGUCUCAUAUGCAAUGACGAUCAAUAAAUCUCAAGGACAGUCUCUGGAUAAAGUAGGACUUUUUUUGCCACGAGACGUCUUCACUCAUGGCCAAAUAUAUGUGGCACUGUCAAGGGUCACAACCAAACAAGGAAUAAAAAUCCUGGUAUAUGACGAAAAUGACAGGUUGAAGUCUACUACUGCAAAUGUUGUGUAUAAAGAGAUCUUCAACAAUAUAUAA